AUGAGAAGGACGCUUGCGCUGCACCAAUGCAGUCGCAGGCCUCACAAGAAGCCUCUUCUACACAGGGGCAGCGUCGCGGGAUCUGGAUCCGGCGACGCCGUGAGAAGGGAAUUGGAUCGCCUGGAAGCCCUCGAUCGCGCGGCCGACGCGGAUACCUAUGCCGUCCUCAUCCGCCAAUGCACGCUCGCGCGGGCAGUACCCGAGGGCCGGCGCGUCCACGCCCACAUCUCCAAGCACGGAUGCCGCGACUCCUUCCUCCUCAAUCUCCUCGUCCAGAUGUUUGGGCGAUUCGGCUGCGUCGCGGAUGCCAGCCGCGUCUUCGAUUCCAUCCCGGCGAGGAACUGCUACUCGUGGAACAUCAUGGUCGCGGCAUUUGCCCAGAACGGGCAUUUGCAGCAGGCCAGGAUCACCUUCGAUCAGAUGCCGCCCAGCGACAGGAGCGUGAUCUCCUGGACGGCGCUCAUCACCGCUCACUCGCAGAACGGCGCCGCCGCCACCGCGAUCCAGCUCUUCGCGCUCAUGGAUCUGGAUGGGAUCCGCGCCGACACCAUCACCUUCGUGAGCGUCAUCGAUGCGUGCUCGAGCUUGCGGAGAAUCGAUCACGGCAUCGCCGUCCACGUGGAGGCCCGGGAGAGCGGUACAGAGAUGCACUACGCGGUGGCCACCGCGCUGGCUAGCAUGUACGGCAAGUGCCGGCGAUUGGAGCGCUCGAAAGAGAUGUUCGAUCGGAUGGAAGAGCGCAACAUGGUGACGUGGACAGCCAUGAUCACGGCGUACGCGCAGAAUGCGCAGCUCGACUGGGCGGUGGAGAUCUUCCGCCGGAUUCCGGAAAGGAAUGUCGUGUGCGCGACCGCGCUCGUCGCAGCGCUUGCCCAGAACGGGCAUUUGCGCGACGCCGAGGAGCUGUUCUUGGGCAUGGAAGAUCGCAACAGCGUUUCGUGGGGGACGAUGAUCGCGGCUUACAAUCAGAGUGGAGAUCCCGCGAAGGCGCUGGAAGUGUUCGAUGCGAUGGAAGGCGAUGGGAUCCGGCCGGACAAAUGCGUGUUCGUGAGCGCGCUCGAGGCCUGCGGCGCGCUGGGCGAUCUCGCGGAGGGCCGGAAGAUCCAUCGCCGGAUCGCCACGGCGAGGAUGGAGGAGAAUUUGAUCGUCGCGAAUGGGCUCAUCGCGAUGUAUGGGAAGUGUGGCGGCGUGGAGGAGGCGAGAGCGGUGUUUGAUUCGACGCCCCAGAGAUCCCUCCUCUCGUGGAACCUGAUGAUCGCGGCGUAUGCCCAGAAUGGGCAUCCCCGCCACGGCGAGAAGCUGCUCGAUCGGAUGCCCGAGAGGGAUCUGGUGGGCUGGAACACGGUGCUCAUCGCCGACGCCCACGACGCCAAUGUCGCCAGCGUCGAGCGAUUGUUCGCGGCGAUGGAGGAGGGCGAUGUGGUGUCAAGGAACGCGGUGAUGCUCGCGCUGGUGCUGUGCGAUCGCGAGGAGGAGGCGCUGGCAGGCUUCCGGAUCAUGGAUCUAGAUGGCAUACAGCCCAAUCGCGUGACGUUUCUCUCGAUCCUGGACGCGUGCUCGUCGCUCGCCUCGAUCGAAUUCGGCCGCGUCGUGCACGCUUGCAUCGUCGAUUCGUGCUUUGCGGGCGAUGUUCACGUCGGGACGUCCCUGGUGAUGAUGUUUGGGAGGUGCGAGCGCGCCCAAGAGGCGGACGCGGCGUUCCACGCCAUCGUCGCGAAGAACAUCCUGGCCUGGACUGCGAUCCUAUCCGCAAAUGCUCUCUCCGGGCAUUUGGAUGCCGCGAGAGUUGUAUUUGAUCUUCUUCCACUCCGCGACCUCGCGGCCUGGAACGCUAUGAUCACUGGAUACGCGCAGUUCGGCCACAGCGAUCCAGCGCGAGAGCUCUUCGAUCAGAUGCCGGAGCGGAAUGUGAUCUCCUGGACUGGAAUGAUCUCCGCGUAUGCCUAUAGCGGGCAUCGUCGCGAAGCUCACUAUCUCUUCAAAGCCAUGGAUCUCCUCGGCCAGCGACCAAACAAGAUCACGUAUCUCAAAGCGCUCGAGGCCUGCGCUGGGGGGAUCACCGCCGCGGAGGCCCGAACGAUCCACGCCAAGGCGAUCGAGAGUGGAUACAGCAGUGACACCCAAGUCGCGGUGGGACUCUUGAAUCUCUUCGAGAAGUGUGGCAGUCUUGCGAUCGCGGAGAGAGUUUUCGAUGAUCUUGGCGAGAGGAAGACGGUGGUGGCGUGGAGUAUCAUGAUCAGCGCCUAUGCCCAGUCCGGGCGUCCCUGGAGAAGCUUGGAGCUCUUCACGGAGAUGGUGCAGAGUGGUGUGAUGCCGACAGAGAUCACGGUCGUGAACUUGCUCUCGGCUUGCAGUCACGGCGGGUUCUUGUAUCACUCGUGGCUGUUCUUCGUGUCCAUGGUUGGCGACUAUGGUUUGUCUCCGAUCUUGGAUAACUACGUGUGCCUGGUGGAUAUCUUGGGACGGACUGGGCAGCUUUUGCUGGCGCAAGAGUUGCUCGAAGCGAUGCCGUAUGAGCCGAAUGAUAUCGCGUGGACUUCGCUGCUGAGCUCUUGUAAGACGCAAGGCGAUGGCGGGCGUGGAGCUAGCGUUGGGGAUCAGGUGAUGGAUCUGUGUCCGAAGCACUCUGGGCCGUAUAGACUCGUCUGGAAUGUGUGCGUUGGUGGUCUGGAAGAAGGAAAUGGAUUAGCUCUUUCUGGUAUAGGAUAA